GUUUGUGUUUAACAAUCAGUAUAGCAACAUGGUGUACCAGUGGAGAGAUAAAGUGGUAAUUAUCACUGGUGCAGCCACCGGCAUUGGGGAGGCCGUCGUUCGGCGUUUAAUGGACGAGUCUAUCAAUCACGUAGCAGUACUCGACGUAGAUGAAUCCAACGGUAAAUCUCUUCAACAAGAGUCAAUUACAAAAUAUGGCGCUAACAAAGUGAAAUUUUACAAAUGCGAUGUCAUCAAUGAUGACCAGCUGUUUAGUGUUUUCAACUCCGUGAAGAUCGAACAAGGUGCUAUUGAUGUCGUGAUCAAUAAUGCUGGGAUCAUGAAUGAUAGUUGGGAAACUUACAAGAAAGAGAUUGCAAUUAAUGUCGGGGCCUUUUUUUUUAUGUGGGAGUCCCGGCGCCCUGAAAAGGGCGCUGCUCCUGGGUCUAGCAUGGACCCAGGGGUGUACCCAUUAAACCCCAUCGGUUUGCCUCUCGCCGGUUCAGAAUCUGCAGCGCAGGGUGUGAUCGACGCAUACAAGCUGGGCGAGAGCGGUAGCACAUGGCUGGUAAACGCAGGGGAGCCUGCUGCUGAUAUCACCUCUGCAGUUACAAGGGCUUAUGAAAUUAUGAGCGAAGGUACGAGUAUCAUCGAAUAA